AUGGCUCGUAAUAGACAAACUAAAAAUAUCUCAAAAACUGAUCUCAUGGAUGAAGAACUUAUUAAAAAAUCCAUACUCAAUAUAUCGUCCGAUGAAAAGAAAAUCUAUAAGAUACGAAUUAAUAAAUUCAAAAAAUCCCAUCUGUUAUACGUCGUUUUAUUAUCCUGUCUAGCUAUUUUACAAUUCAUAUCCAUCUCCUUUUUCACUAGAGGCUUUUUGCUAUCAAGAAAUGUCCUCAGUAAUAUAUCUAACCAUACUGAUGAUUCCCUGAUUUUGUCUCCAAAAUUCGAUAAAUUGGUUAUUUUAAUCGUAGACGCUCUUAGAUUCGAUUUCGUUAUACCAGUCGAUACCAACAACACACUCUUCAAUGACAAUUAUCAUAAUAACAUGCCUAUAUUCAAUACUCUGCUACAAACUGAUAGCAAUAGCAAUUGCAACAGCCAUAACUCCUUAUUACUGAAAUUUAUUGCCGAUCCACCAACUACAACUUUACAAAGAUUGAAAGGUUUGACCACAGGAUCUUUGCCGACUUUCAUCGACGCAGGCUCGAAUUUUGCAGGUGAAGUCAUCGAAGAAGAUAACCUCAUUCAACAAUUCUAUUUACAUAACAAAAACGUCUGCUUUGUCGGCGAUGACACCUGGGAUUCGUUGUUCCAACCAUACCUAUCAAAUUAUUCAGUUCCUUAUGAAUCCUUGAAUGUCUGGGACCUGCAUACUGUGGACAAUGGUGUCAUUUCCUACUUUCAAGAUCAUUUGGGUAAUUCGUCAUCUGGUGAAAGUUGGGAUAUCUUGAUUGGUCAUAUGUUAGGUAUCGACCAUGUUGGACAUAAAUAUGGCCCAAAUCACCACACAAUGAAGGAAAAACAGAUCCAGAUCAACCAGUUUAUUCAAUCGAUCAUAAAUCAACUGGAUAACAAUACUCUGUUCCUGGUCAUGGGCGAUCAUGGUAUGGACCACACUGGAAACCAUGGUGGGGAUUCAAAGGAUGAACUAGAGAGUGCAUUAUUUUUUUAUUCAAAAAAACCCGGGUUUAUGUUCCAUUUCAAUGAUUCUAAAUCACUCAACAAUUAUAACAUGUCCAAUUUAGGUGAAUCUUAUAAAUCCAUCAAUCAAAUUGAUCUGGUCUCCACUUUAUCUUUAUUAAUGGGAUUGCCCGUACCUUUCAAUAAUCUAGGUUGGCCCAUAGAAGAAUUCUUUGAAAAUGGUGAUGAAAAAGAAAUUGUCACUAAGAUCAUGAUAAACCAAUUGUUGACUUAUAAGGAGACCAUGGGAUUAAACAUCGAAACUUCCAAUCUUCUAAUAAAUGGAACUCUCAAUAGUAAAAGAGAUUUUGAUUUAGGUCACCAAUAUCAAACCAUGUUUUUGGAGGUCUGUAAAGAUAUGUGGGCUAGAUUUGAUUAUAACAGUAUUAUCACAGGGAUAGUAUUCAUGAUAAUAUCAUUAAUAUUAUUAAUAGUUAUCACAAAAUUAAUCCCAUCCAUUGUAAUGAACCAAAUGGUGGAAGAAUUUCCACCUUGGAUGGGAAUAAUGACAAUUGUGUCUAACAUCUGUUUCUUUGGUGUUUAUUAUGUAUUUAAUAAAACAUUAUCCCUAAUUGAUAGUCCAUUAUGGUGUUUCUUAUUCGCUACUGCUAUUGGAAUCAUUGUUGGCGGCUGUGUCCCAAUCUUUGACCGUUAUAAUUUUGCCUGGAUUGUCUCUAAGUCUUAUGAGGUGUUCUUUUCCGAUUAUUGGUCUCGCAUUGGUUGUAUGAUUUUACUUAUACAUUCUUGUCUAUUUGCAUCCAAUUCUUUUACAAUUUGGGAAGACAGAAUUAUAAACUUUUUAUUAAUCUCUCUAGGAAUGCUAACUUUAGUCGAAUUUGUGUUUUUACCAAAAAGACAAACCCCAAAUGCAUUGUUAACUGCUAAGAUCAGCGCCAAUGAGGGAACUACAUCUGGUGUAAAUUCAUCUACUGCAAAUUCUAACAAUUUACCUUUAUCUAGAUUCGGUAGAUUAUUAGGUGGUUACCAUUCUUUGGUAUUAAUUAUUUGUACUCGAGUGGCAUCUUUGAUCACUAUCUGUAGAGAAGAACAAGGUAUUUAUUGUUCUCCAACUUUUUUAAAUUCAUCAAAUAACUCUAUAUGGUGUUUAACUCUAUGUUUCCUAACUAUCUUUAUUAUACCUGCUUUUAUUAAAGGUUAUUAUAAUUUAACUUCUUCAUAUCAAGCUGCUGCACCCAUAUGGAUUGACAUAUUUUUAAAAGGCUCUUUACUAAUUAAUUUUGUUUAUUGGUUGUUAACUUCAUUAGAAAAUUCGAAUAUCAACUACUUUGAUCAAUUUGAUUUCAAUAUUAACAUUGUCAGGUAUACGAUCGCCAGAAUAAUUGCUGGAUUUAGUUUAAUUGCAACUAAUAUUGGUUGGGCAAUGGGUCCGCUUUGUAUCAAAUUAAAUGUACAUAACACAGACAUUAAAUCAAGAUAUGCAACUAUCCUGGGGUAUAUGAACAUCUACGGUUCAGAAUAUUUCUUACUUGUUAUUAAUAUACUGAUAGCGAUUCUUCUUUUCAAUAAACCACUAGCGCAACUCUCUUUGUGUUUAAUGUGUAAUCAAAUAUUAUCUAUUUUGGAAAUCAUUGAUUUGUUGAAAUUAAAGGAAAAUAUCAUUGGUCCUAUUGUUCUAGGAUUAUUAUCAUGCCAACAGUUUUUCAGUACAGGUCAUCAAGCUACUAUACCGUCUCUACAGUGGGACAUAGCAUUCAUUUUAUCGGAUAAAAUCACUUUCCCCUUAUCUCAAAUUUCGUUAAUUUUAAACACUUUUGGUCCACACAUACUUGUUGCAUUGUCAGUGGCAUUGCUCACCUUAUGGAAACAACCGCCUGACGUAUUAAAGCCUCAAACUUUGUUGGGCCGCAUCGUUUCCAAUUGUGGUAUGUUAUUGAUCUACAAUACCGUGCUUUGUCUAAGCUCAUUGAUUUGGGUUACAGUCUUUAGAAGACAUUUGAUGGUUUGGAAAAUUUUUUGUCCAAGAUAUAUGUUUGCGUGUCUGUGCUUGAUUAUCACUCAAAUAAUAAUUAUAAUUGGUACAGUUGCAUUUGCUACAUCAAGAUUAAUCCAACAUAUCAACGAUGUUUUCUGGAAGUGA